AUGGAUCGAGGAUUUACCCAGGGAUUUAUGUUGGGUCAAUUGUCUGUGAUAGUAAUCAUCACGAUUUUCAUACGAUUCUUUGUUUUUGCAGAGGCAGCCCCUGCCAAUCCUGGAAAGAAGCAUAGGGUACCUAAGAUUACGGGUCUUGGGUCCAGAAUUCAGCAGAGCAAACAGGAGGCCAACGGCGAAAAUGAAGAGAAUGUUGUUCACAGUAUUCUAGAGAAAACUUACUACAGUGUGGAUACUCAUUCGGCCGAAUCCCUGGAUUGGUUCAAUGUGCUGUUAGCACAGUUCAUAAUGCAGAUCAGAAGGGAGGCUCUAUCCAACGACAAAAUUUACCAUUCUUUGGACAGAGCAUUCAACAGAUCGAGUCUUGCAGAUUACACGGAUAAAAUUAACAUUACAGAGGUGAAUAUAGGCGAUGACUUUCCAAUCUUCAGCAACUGUCGAAUUCGGAAUACCGAUGGACGAUUACAAGCAAAGAUAGAUGUCGAUGUAAGCGAUACGCUAACGAUAGCGGCAGAAACGAGCUUUUUAAUCAAUACUCCCAAACCAAUGACGGCCAGCUUACCGGUACGAAUUAGUGUAUCGAUUGUCAGAUUUAGUGGAUGCCUUACUGUAUCAUUAGUCUCCAUUUCUCCUCCGUCCAAGGAUAGUAAAGAUCCUGCCAAAAUGACUGAAGAAGAGAAAAUACACGAUAUGAUUUCACGUGUUCAUGACAUCAACGACUCCGACCCCAAAGGAGUUCCCUCCGGCGAUACGAAGACGGCACUUAUGUUUUCAUUUGCUCCUGAUUUCCGCUUGGAGUUUGAAAUCAAGUCCCUGAUUGGCUCCAAAGCAAAACUUGAGGACAUGCCUCGAGUUGGCUCUAUAGUAGAGAAUAUUCUGCGCAAAUGGUUUAUCGACAGAUGUAUUGAUCCAAAGUUUCAAACUAUGAAAAUUCCAAGCGUCUGGUCAGCCAAGGAACCUGAAAAGCAGGAGGAUGAGGGAGAGUCCGCUAAGUCAACGACUACAGUAGAACAGCAAUGA